AUGAAGUCCUAUAGCAUCAUCGUCAGCCUCAUGGCCGCUCUCGCAGUCGGCGCGCCGCUCGAAGCCACCAACUCGAACGCCACGGUCUCCAACUCGAAUGGCACGGACACGAAGAUCGUCCCUCAGGCCUUCACCCGCUUCCGCUGCCGCAACAGCGAGGGCGCCAUCACGUUCGACAAGAACCGGGUCUUCGCCAACGUGCAGAACUUCCCGGACCGGGAGACGCCCGGGCUGAGCGGCUACCCGCACGAGUUCAGCAACUUCCAGGGCUUCGCCUGGGACUUCAACCAGUGGCAGUGCGGCAACUACGAGCCGCUCCUCGAGAUGCCCGUGUUCCCCGACGGCCAUCUGUACAAGUGGAACGUGAACCGGAACGCGGCCGGCGGCGAGUCGCCCGGCCCGGCCAGGGCCAUCUACACGGCCACGGGAGUGAUUCAGUUCUGUGGCCUGAUUGCGCACACGUCGGGCAACCAGGGCUACUUUGAUAAGUGUGAGGAGAUUUGA